AUGUAUGUUAAUGUUGCUUCAUUUUUGCCAUUUUUAAGUAGGCAUGAACAAGAAUUGCAAACCUUACAGAAUCCAGGUACAAGCCAAAAUGAAUAUCCCUCUACAUCUUCUGGCAUGUGCCAGAGCAAUCCAGUACCUGAAUUACCAGGUUUUUACUAUGAUCCUGAAAAGAACCGUUACUUCCGCUUGCUUCCUGGGCAUAACAAUUGCAACCCUCUCACCAAAGAAAGCAUUCAGCACAGGGAGACAGAAUGUCAAAGACUGAAACUCUUAGAAGAGGAAGAGAAACACAUGAGGAAAACAUCCAGAUUUGGACUGAACUCAUCAAUCAUCUUACGUAAGAGGCAGUUAGGCUUGUUUAGUUCUCUUAGUUAUUGCAGGCUGAUCCAUGAAUUAAAGGUGAAUUGCAUGCAGAGAAGAAAAAUAGAAAUUGAAAGUCCAGAUUCUUCAAUUUCUGGGAGCAACAAUUUUAAACUGAUAGCGGCAGAUGCAGCCUGUGAGAGGAUAUUCACUGUAAAUGAUGUAGACCAUGGAGGGUGUAAAUAUGGAAUUGUUGACCUCAGUGGCUUGGGAAAAGAUUCUCUUACUGUGGAGAUGUACGACAAUCUCUACUUCACAAAUCGCAAGGUGAAUUCUGUGUGCUGGGCUUCACUAAGUCAUCCGGAUUCUCAUGUUUUGCUGUGCCUCAUGGGUGUUGCAGAAACUUUGGGCUGUGCUAGUCUACUCCCUGCUUACUUGUUUACCAGCUCUAACUCAGGAGACCAACCUGGAAUGCUGUGCAGUUUCAAGAUCUCCACUGCCUGGUCCUGUGCUUGGUGUUUGAAUCCUCAGGCUGAUAACUGCUUUAGCACAGGUUUAACCCACCGAGUUCUUGUGACCAAUGCAAUGACGGGUCAUCGGCAGACAUUUGGCACUAGCAGUGAUGUGCUUGCACAGCAGUUUGCUGUCCAGACUCCAGUACUAUAUAAUGGUUGUCGUUCAGGUGAGAUUUUCAGCAUUGACAUCCGUCAGCGCAGCCAUAAAGGUCAAGGUUGGAAAGCUGUCCGUCUCUUCCAUGAUUCAGCAAUCACAUCCGUUAACCUUCUGAAAACUGAGCAGUAUCUCAUGGCUGCUGAUAUGGCAGGACAGAUAAAACUGUGGGACCUGAGAAAACUGAGAUGUGUGAAAGAGUAUAGAGGCCAUCACAAUGAACAUGCCAUUCUCCCUUUGCAUAUAAACGAGGAAGAAGGGCUUCUUACAGCAGUGGGUCAGGAUUGCUACACCAGAAUAUGGAGUCUUCAAGAUGCUCAUUUGCUCAGGACUAUCCCUUCUCCAUAUCCAUCUUCCAAGGACUCCAUCCCAAGUGUAGUGUUCUCAUCACAGCUUGGAGGCACCCGAGGUGUUCCUGGGUUGCUGAUGGCUGUCAGACAAGAUCUCUAUUAUUUCUCUUAUAAAACAGAUGAUCCAUACUGCUUGGAUACCAAAGACAUGGUUCAUCCCACUUUCAUUAGUGACUAAGAUGAAAAAAAAUGCAAUGCUUGCCUGUCCUGAAACUGUUGCACUGGCAUGGAUUUGGAGCUUUUCAUCUUCUGCAUUUCACCUGCAUUUCUUCUUCUCAAGAACUCUGAUGAGCUGAUAAUUUGGACUAUUGAGUAGUUUGUGCUCUUUCCAAUCAGUUAAUUUAUUUGUUUCGUAUAUAUUGUCAAUUGCAGAUGUUUGAAACUACCAGAAUAUUUCUAUAUCCUCUGCACGCUACCCAUAUUGCGCUCUUGCUCUUUUAAUCAUGUAAUGGGAAACUAUAUAGAACUUACCUAGAUAUUAAAACUGAAGUACGGGAGGUAGCAUUUAAAGUAAUGCAUUUCACCAUCAAUGAUAGCAACCUGUAAAAAUGUUGUUUUCAAUAAAGCAAGUGGUGGGCAGGAAAA